UAUCUCUCGAGGAGUAUCAAUAUGACAGUGGCUGGCGCAGAGGAACAAGGCCGGAGCGGCCCGGAGAGCCUCCCAAGCAAGUGUGGGCCGAAGUUGGACUCGGAACCGGGUGCGAGGAGCGCAGAGAUGCGGAGACGUUCCCCGGACGCAGUUAGGCGUCGCACCGCGGCUGGUUGCCGUGGCAACCACGGCAGCUGGGGAGCGAGCAGAAGGAUCAGCGAAUCCGUCUGAUCGAGCUGGUCUCUCGGAAGUUGGUCGAGGCCGUCAUGGAAUCAUCACCAAAAAAUUUGCUUACCCAAGUGACUCAACUCUGGAAUCUCCUGGAUGACCUGGCUGAAAGUGACCCCAAACGUUAUGAGAAGUUCAUUCAGCAGCAGCUGGAAGAAGGGGAGAAAUACUGUGCUGUCCCAGAGCCACAAAUCUGUCUUCAGACUAAGAUCUUGAAACCAGAAGAAAAAGUACUAUUCAUCAAUUUAUGUCAGUGGACAAGAAUCCCAGCACCCCAGUCAAAAGCAGAACCUGUAUCUUUGAGUGUUGGCCAUCCAGAAGAUGUAUCUGAGACAUCAGAAUCAUACACAGUCAUUGAUGUUGCCUACAACCCUAAUGUUCUCAAGACAGCAAAAGAGGAUGAAAUGGAAAUGGAUCAACUGAUUCAACUGACAAUGAAAUGCAUUGAGGAUAGAUAUCAAUUUACUCUUAACCACUCCUACCAUAUUACAAAAACCAAGAAUAAAGGAAGCCUCCAAAGAAUGAAAAAGAAUUUGAUGGGGAUCCAAACUGACCCAACAAAUUUAAGUGAGAAAAUGAAGAAAGAAUUAAAGCUUGAGCAGUUGAGAAACUAUAGUGUGAAUAACCAAGAUGACAUUCCACAACUCUUACUGCCAAAGGACCAUAUUCCAAGCAAACAAGGGUGUCUAAUUGAGGAAAUUUCCAGUAGUGAGCUCCAAGCUGAGCUGAAAACUCCAAAUUAUAAACUGACAGUUGUGAAGGAUCAGAAUGGGAGAUCACUGAGAAUUGAGAUGCAAGUUGAUCUUCCUGGUCUUAGUUCUGUCUGUGACUGUGACCUCAGUGUUUCAAAGGAUGAUUUAGUGCUUGAAGUCUCUGAAAAGUACCGAUUACAGGUAGAUCUUCCAGAAUCAAUUGACACUGAGACAACUAUAGCAAAAUUUAUCACAGAGAAAGCUACAUUAAUCAUCACCAUGCCAGUACUGCAGUAAAAGUGCAACAUGGAUGUUAGACUUUCAUUAUUCUAUACUGAGUGAGCUCCUAUGAAGGCAUCAUAGCUCAAGCACCAUCUUCUACAGCAAGUUUUGCUGAUCCCUACAGAUAUGAGUGCUCUUCCUCCAAAAAAGACCUUGUAUUGAUUUUUGUAUUUGUUCCCAAAUACUCUUUCUACGUUGAUAGUUUCCCUUCAAAAAAUGUAAUCUCCACUAGGGUAGGGAUGAUUUCAACUUCGCUUCUGUAUCUACAGCACCUUGAAUAAUGAUUUAGAACUAGAAUAUAAAAUUGUAAAGUUCUACAUCUAUAUGAUUCCUUGACGUACUCAAAGUGGAAGGGGGAAAAUCCCGUUACAGAAGAACUACAAUGAAGAGUUUGACUAAAACCAACACUUCUGGAUCAAGACUAAGUAACUUAGCUAAAGGAAAAACAUUUACUGAAUAGAAAAAAAAAAUGUUCAGAUAUUUAACACUUAAAAAACACCAACUGGGAUAGUAAUAGGUCACUAUUAUUUUUAGUUCUCUUCAAGGAUCUUAUAAUGGUUCAUGUGCUAAUAAUUUAGAUUAUCAUUAUGAAAGAAAUAAUCUAAGUAGCAUUUAAAAGCAAAUCAAUGAAUUUCAAUUGUGCUAGCCAUAUUUUACAUUCUCAUCUAGAGCUCAUAGAAUUAAAAAUGAUAAUUCUUGGUGAUUAAAUGUAUAUUUCAUCUUGAAUCAAUAAGCUAAUAGAAUAAGCUUACUUUGAAAUGUUAUUUAUACAUUCUGUUCUUAAAAUACAUAAUGCCCUUCUUUCUUCAUUCUUCUCCAAAGUGCUCGAAACUCAUCUUUUUGAAACUUUGCCUAAUUAUACAAUUUAGCUUACACCCUUAUUCUACAUUUUUAUAGUACUUUUAAGUACAAUUUGUUAUUAAUCUGUGCCUAUUAAUAUAUCACUAUGUAUGUACUGGGUCUUUUUGACAUAUUCAUUAUA